ACCUGUCGGCCGUUAUCACAACAGAUCAGACUGUACUGUAGAAAAGUGCGUGUACUUUACUUCGGAGCAAAAUCUAUCUGUUCGUGUUUUAAAAACUGCUUUUCGUCGUGUUUUUCUGUCGUGAAGCUACCCGGUGGGACUUUCCAGGAUGGUUAAAGUUUCGUUUAACUCCGCGUUGGGACAGAAAGAUGUGAAAAAAGACGCCGAAACUCUGAUUCCCGAGGAGGACAAAGAUGCCGAGGCAGCCCUCGUGGUGCGUCAUCAGUCCCGGGCCUGGUGCUGGUGCAUGUGUCUUGGCGUGGCCCUCAUGUUGUCUGGAGUGGUGGUGGGAGGAGCUUACCUGUACCGCUAUUACAUCAUGGAGGUGAGCAGGCAGCACCAACAAGGGUGGGACAGUUCCUUCGACAGCAGCGAGCAGGAGGAUGAGGUGUAUUUCUGCGGCGUGAACUAUCGAGAGGACGACUACCUGAUCCGACAGGAAGAGGAGGUGGAGUUGGAGGCCGCGAACGCGUUCCCUCUGCGACAGCUGGAGGAAAGGAUCAGGGUGCUGGAGAGGGAGCAGGUGGAGCUUAUCAGCGUCCCCGUGCCCGAGUUCGACGACGGAGACCCCGCCGACAUCGUCCACGACUUCCAGAGGAAAUUGACCGCCUACCUGGAUCUGAGUCUGAACAAGUGCUACGUCAUCCCGCUCAACACCUCCGUCGUGAUGCCGCCCAGAGACUUCCUGGAACUGCUCGUCAACGUGAAGGCCGGCACCUACCUGCCUCAGUCGUACCUGGUCCACGAGGAGAUGAUCGUGACCGAGCGUCUGGAGAGCGUCGACCAGCUCGGAUAUUUCAUCUAUAACCUCUGCAGGGGCAAAGACACCUUCAAGCUGCAGCGCAGAGACAGGAUUCUGGGCAUACAGAAGCGUGAAGCCAUGAACUGCCGCAAGAUCCGUCACUUCGAGAGCCACACGGUGGUGGAGACUCUGAUCUGUCACCCUUAAGAGACCUCUGCGGUCUCACACCUGCUCUUAAAGUCACUGGGGUGCAGUGAGAUUAGUGUUGAUGCUCACCUGUCUCUUCGUUUUCUAUCUUCAGGUAGUUUGAGUGAGUGAGAGGAGUGAAAUGUGAAGCUGUUUGAAUUUUCAUCGGUGUUUAAAAAAAAAAGAAAAAAAAGAUUUUUUUCACUUUUCUGUACGGGGAUCUCUUUGGAAACUUUUCAGACAAUAACUCUCUAAAGUAGGCAUAUAAAGCAGUAAAUUAUUCUAAUCAAAUAUAGCAUGAGCGUUGAUCUGAACAGACGACGCUAAAUUGAGUCUGUCUUUCCUUCAGUCAGAGUUCAGGAGAAAACAGCGAGUUUUUAUAACGGAUCAGUCCAGGAGGCUUUUUUUCAUGUUGUUUAUUUUGUACUUUGUCUGCUGUAGUUCUUAAACACUGCACAUGUGUCUUUCUUAACUGGAGAAUGAUCUUUAUAUACACGAAAGUGGACGAAUGCGUCACUUGUUUAGCUUUAUGAGUUGCAGCAGAGAGAGAGAGGGGUUCACAGGAGGACACUCACACUUUGGUUUCAGUCUUUUUCACCAGGGUUGUCUAUCUUUUUAUUUGAAUGUGUAAUUUUUCUGAUAACUCUUGUACUAAUUUGUGUAUAUAAUCUCUAAAGAUAUGAACAGACCAACACAAUAAACAAAACAAUAAAAACAAA